AUGGCGUCGCGCGCGGCGGUGGAGAAGGCGGAGGCGGAGCGGCGGCUGGCGGCGGCGGAGGCACAGCUGCGCGCGGCGCUGGAGGAGCUGUACAACCGGCACCGCAAGCGGUCGGACGCGUACUCGGCGGUGUUUGGCGCGCGGCACCCGCUGUGCCAGCACGGCGACUCGUGCGUGGCGAACGCCGUGGGCAGCCUGUGCCAGAGCUUCCUGCUGGCGUACGGCGUGCGCGUGGGCAUCGGCGUGCUGCUGCGCGCCUUCAAGCUCAUCCGCAACAAGUCGUUCAAAUCCGCGCUCGACCUCCAGGUGCCCGCCCUGACCCCGCUCGCACGCCAACCUCCAUCUCUCCUCACCCGCUCCCCUCACCCUCUCCCUUCCCUGUGUCUCGCUCUUUUCCUCGCUCUGUCCUUCCCUUCUUCCCUCAUCUCUCCUGCUCCCUCUUUGAAUGCCAUAGCCCGACGCCACACAUCCUUCCCUCUUCCCCCCACCGUCCCCAACCCCUCUCCUCCCCACCAACGCCCCCUGGUGUGCGCGCAGCUGCUGCUGUCGGAGAAGAACCUGAUGGUGCGCGAGGAGGCGUGCCGCCUGGGGCUCUUCUUCGGGGGCUUCUCCGGCCUCUACCACGCCACGCGCUGCCUGCUGCGCCGCUGCCGUGACUGCGACACACCUGCCAACGCGGCCAUAGCGGGGGCGGUGUCAGGGCUGUCCGUGCUGGCUCUCGACGACCCCAACAAGCGCCGCUCCCUCGCCCUCUACCUGCUCGCCAGACUCGCCCAGUGCGCAUGUGCGUCCAAGACCAAGUGGGCGCGAGCGCUGCAGAGGCACCCGCUGACGGGGUAUGGGAGCACGGUGCUGUUUGUGUUUGCGUCGGCGCAGAUCAUGUACGCCUAUGUCAUGCGCCCUGAGACCCUGCCCUCUUCCUACUGGGACUUCAUCUCCCGCACCGGCCCCAUCCCCACACCCGUGCUCGAGGCGGUGAGGCGCAGCUGCAGGGGCAUGCCCAUGAACACACUGGCGCUCACAGCGCUACUACGCGGCCGCACAGGCCAGGUGGCGCCGCUGGGCAUGGGGCCCGUGCCCGCCCUCGUGCCCUGCACCAUGCUGCACCCCGACUGCUCCUCCUGCCCGCGCGCCCAGCUGGCCGCUGCCAGGAACGCCUUCCGCAAGACGUUUCCGCUGUACCUGUCGCUCACCUUCGUGCCCUUUGUCGUGCUCAACCUGCGCAAGUUCAUGCAGUCGCCCCUGCGCACGGUGUGGCUGGCCACAUCGUCCGCCCUGCGCUCCACCUCCUUCAUCGCUGUCUUCGUCGGCGUCUACCAGGCAUGUGCGUGCACGCAUCGCAAGUUUGUCCUCAAGGACCACAAGCUCUUCUACUGGCUUGCAGGAGCGGUGGCGGGGCUGUCAGUACUGAUAGAGAAGGCGUCGCGGCGGGCGGAGCUGACGCUGUACGUGCUGCCACGCGCACUGGACUCGCUCAUCUACAUCCUCGUCAACCGCCACAUCCUCCCUGAUAUCAAGAUGGCCGAGGUGGUGCUCUUCUGUGCGUGCAUGGGCGGGCUCAUGUAUUUCCACGACACGGACCCAGCAGCCAUGGCGCCCUUUGUGCGUGGCAUCCUCAACCGCUUCCUGCACCACUCCUCGCCUCCCCCGCCCACCGACGCCCCCUCCUCCCUUCCCCCUCCCUCCACCACCACCACCCUGCCGCCUCCCUCCACCGUUCCUGCCCCGGCACCCGUGGCCUCGCAUCCCACGGCACAAAUCACCUCCUCUUCCUCAGCUGCCGCCUCCCCUGCGCUGAGCCGCCUGCGCGUGGCUUCCACGUCUCCAAGAGCUGCGCAGACGGGCAGCACAGCAGCAGGUGCGGUUGGGGCGGGGGGCGGUGGUGCUGUGGCAGGGGAUGGGCAGGGAGGGGAGUCGCCGCACAGCCCUGUGACCAUGAGCCCCACCGUCACUGCCAAGAAGCUCGAGGCCGCUUUCCAAGGACUCUGA